ACGAUAAUAAGCCCAAGAGCAAGCAAUUAGAACAAAUGCCAUCAAAGCCAGAAUUGAAAAGUCAACAACAUGUUCCAAGUGUAGAUUCUGCAAGGAAGCAGAUGAAACUAUGGAUCACAUACUGAGCUGCUGCAAGAUGAUCACACAGACAGACAACAAGCAGAGGCAUAACACAAUUGCUCACAUGAUCCAUUGGAACUUGUGCCACAAUUUCCAUCUGCCUGUGACAAAGAACUGGUGGGAUCACAAGCCUGAAAAAGUUACAGAGAAUGAGCAUGUCAAACUACUCUGGGACUUCUGAAUUCAGACUGACAGAGCUUUAGAGCACAAUACAACUGACCCCAUGAUCAUGGAAAAAAACAAAGUAUGGAUCGUUGAUGUUGCAAUCCCAGAUGACAGCAGGAUUGACGAGAAGCAACAGGAAAAGCUGACAUGAGGAUUUAAAGAUCAAACGGCAAAGACUCUGGCACAAGCCAGUCAAGUUGGUCCCAGUGGUGAUUGGCACACUGGGUGCCUUGCCUAAAACCUUGGCCAGCACUUGAAAACAAUCAGCGCUCACAAAACCACCAAGUGUCCGACGUGUGAUCCAAUGCAACAGCCAGCAUACUGAUCUUCUUUGCUGUGUACUAAUCUUAUUGUAGUAAAGGUAAAGAUUUCCCCCUGACAUUAAGUCUAGUCAUAUAUCCGACUCUAGGGAUGAUGCUCAUCUCCAUUUCUAAGCCAAAGAGCCGGCGUUGUCCAUGGACACCUUCAAGGUCAUGUGGCCGGCAUGACUGCAUGGAGCACCGUUACCAUCCCAUCAGAGCAGUACCUAUUCACCUACUCACAUUUGCAUGUUUUCGAAAUGCUAGGUUGGCAGAAGCUGGGGCUAACAGUGGGAGCUCACCCCGCUCCCCAGAUUCAAACUGCCAACCUUUCGGUCAGCAAGUCCAGCAGCUCAGCAGUUUAACCUGCUGUACCAUAAUCUUAUUGUGUAUCUAAUAAUAAUAACAUCAAUAAAAACAACAACAGUAAAGCAAGGGGACUCCGACUCAGGAUGGCUUCCAAUCAAGGAAAAACAAUAAAAUAGUAGUAAUCACACACCAAAUCCAAAAAAUCUAAUCAGAACAGCAAAUCAAAGGAACAAAUCAUGAUGAUUCCUGUGAUUCUAUAGCACUGAGCCAAGUGCGAUCAAACUGCAUUUAGUCUCCCAUGUAGAUGCACCCUAAGAAAUCACAACCAUUGCUGGGAGGAGAGAGAUUAAUUGUGAUUUUCUGUGUUGUCCAGAUUUGCAAACUUUCUCUGUGAACUGAGAAAAAAAAAUCUUUUCCACCACUUCCUUCUGCCCAGUUUUAUCAUCAUUAGUUUGAAUUAUGAAAAUCACAAUGAAGGGGCUGUGUCUGUUUCAUUGUGCUGGGAGGAAAUAAAAGGGAUAUUUUGUUCUGAUUUUUGGAUGCGAGCAGAAGAUAGCAGUUACAUAAGCAUCCACUUCUAGCCCAAUUCCGUGACCUCUGGCAGAAACAACAUUGGGGAAUUGUCUCCGAUGUUGUCAGAAGAUUCGAUCCCCAUGGGAGAAUGCAGUCUUUCAAGUCUCCUUAUUCCAUGUCUCCUGAAACCAUCUGAGGUUGUAUCUUUUUCCUUCUUGUCCUCAGGGCUGCAUUUUCAAGGCUGUAGAUCUUAUGAUUCUUCACGCCCAGGAGCAGAACAUUCAUACAUUACCAUGAUGGGAACCACAACCACUUGGAAGAUGACUCAAGAAUGUUAUAAAAAAGAGGGAGGAGGCUUGUUUUCUUCAGUCAUGGAGACUAGGACUCAAUGGAGUCAUGGGUUCAAAGGACAUGAAAGCCGCUUUGUCCCCUUUGGAGAAGAUAAGGUAAAAGUAAAGGUUUUCCCCUGUCAUCAAGUCUAGUUGUGUCCGACUCUGGGAGUUGGUGCUCAUCUCAAUUUCUAAGCCAAAGAGCCAGCGUUGACCAUAGACGCCUCCAAAGUCAUGUGGCUGGCAUGACUGCAUGGAGCGCCAUUACCUUCCUGCCCGAGUGGUACCUAUUGAUCUCACAUUUGCAUGUUUUCGAACUACUAGGUUGGCAGAAGCUGGGGCUAACAGUGGGAGCUCACCCCGCUCCCCGGAUUUGAACCACUGAUCUUUCGGUCAGCAACCUCAGCAGCUUAGUGGUUUAAUUCACUGCGCCACAGCGGGAGAUAAAGUGAAGUAUAAAUAAAUAGAAGACGAAGAAGAAGAAAAUACCACCAGAACAUUAAGAAGAACUUCCUGACUGUAAGAAGAGCUGUUCAGCAGUGGAACUCUCUGCCUCGGAAUCAGGUGAAAGCUCCUUCCUUGGAAGCUUUGAAACAGAAACUGUAUGGUCAUUUGUUGAGGGUGCUUUGAUUGUGUUUUUCCUGCAGGGAAGAAGAGGUUGGACUGGAUGGCUUAUCCGGUCUCUUCCAACUCUGUGAUUCAACUGGCUUUUCCCUCCAUCAUCCCCAUCCAAGAUGGACAACAAACACCACAACACGCAUGACAAAAGGGGCAUCUACAUUGUAGAUAUGACCCCAAGCUUCAUGCAAAUCAGUUUCUGGAUAAGUCAGGAGAAAAUGCUUCUGGAAAUGGACAUACAGCCCGAAAAACUCACAGCAACCCAGUGAUUCCAGCCAUGAAAGCAUUUGACAACACUUUGCUGAAACCUUUUCCCCCAUUGUCCAAUUUUACAUAGAAAUGGGAAGUACGAAGGAAUGGAACUCCUAAGUUUAAUGUUCUUGACACUUCAGGAUCUUCAUGGUUGCCCUUCCAAGUCUUCAUCUUCUUCUGGGUUCUUGACUGCUUUCUCAAUUCUAAAUCAUGACAAAUGCAAAGUAAAGGAAAUUGUGAGCUAUUUCAAUGAUAGCAUGAUCAGUUCAGAGACAGACGGAGCACAGAGACUCUUGCUGUUCACUAUUAUUUUAAUAGCCUUCUCAACGGAAACGUGGAAACAAGGAAAAGUCGCUGCUGAGAAACGAAUGUUGCCGUGAUCUGUUUCACAUUAAAACACAUAAAGGAAAGGAUGUUCUUUCUCCCUCGCUGUAAUUUUCUUCCAAGCUCACCCAGGCAGGAGAUAAUGAAUGAUCUCUGGCAUUAAUCUGUUCCAAGGCCAAGAAAUAAUUUCUUCCUCGACGGUGUCCCGCUCUUUCUCGCCAUCCUUAAUUGCACUUCAUUUCAAAUGCACAAUUAGCAGAAUGACUUUGUCCAAAAAUAAAUUGCAGCGGCUCACCUUCUCCAGGGCCGAGCGACACUUUGAUGUCAGGAUUUCGAGAGUUUUAAUACCGUUGGGCCUUUGGGUCACUUGAUAGGUAUGUCGUAUAGUUGUAUAGUCGAAGGACGUUACAUUAUCGCUUGUGGCAGAAAAACCUGGAUCCUGUGAAACAAAAGAGCUUUGCGGACAAAUCAGGAGAAAAAAGAGGGAAAGGGAGAUGAUUCCGAAAACAAAAGAAAGUGGUAAUGUAAUCACUAGGGCUGUGUGAUCGAUGAAAAAAAUUGCUUUAAAACUAAUUACAAAAUUAGGGGCUUCAGUGUUUUGUUUCAAAAGUGUUUCUUAGGUAUUGUUAGUGAAAAAUUCGCUACUAUAACGAGAGUAACAAAAUUAUCUAUUUAUUUAUUUACAGUAUUUAUAUUCCGCCUUUCUCACCCUGAAGGGGACUCAGGGCAGAUUACAAUUUACAUAUAAAUGGAAAACAUUCAAUGCCACAUACAAUAUAUAGACAGACACAGAGGCAAUUUAACAUUUUCCAGCUUCCAGCUUCAUGAUGGUAUGCUCGAUUCUGUUCACAGGGGGAGCUGCCGCUUCAUCGUCCACUUGUGACACCGAGUCCUUGAUGGUAGUACUUCCUCAUUCCUUUCCACACACUGCUGACAGUUUUUAAGGUGUCGUAAAUUCGUUAAAUUAGCCUCCCCACAUAAAGCGGUACCUAGAAUUUUCUACUUAAUAGAUGCAAUUGUUUUUUUAUCCGCUUAGUUGGGCAAUGAGCAAGGCUAUUAACAGUCGGGAGCUCAAUCCGACCCGGGCUUCGAUCCCACGACCUCUUGGUUGUGAUUAUUAUUGACACAACGGCAUUGUAUGACACAGCAAACAAGAUAGUUAUGCUGGAUUUUGUAUCACAAAAGCUCAAGUCGAACACUUCCCAAGUGUCUAGGACUGUAUGAUGUAUUUUCGGAUGAUGCGCACAGAUCCCAGUAGAGUGGCUUUUGGCAGUUGGCAGAUCGUAAUUUUGUCAAUGCCUAUUGUUUUCAAAUGCCAGCUGAGAUCUUUUGGCAUGGCACCCAAAGUGCCGAUCACCACCGGGACCACCUGCACUGGUGUCUGCCAGAGUCUUUGAAGUUCAAUCUUGAGGUCCUGAUAGCGGCUGAGUUUUUCUUGUUGUUUUUCGUCAAUGCGACUGUCACCUGGGAUGCCGACAUCAAUGAUCCAAACCUUUUUUCUUUUCCACAACUGCGAUGUCUGGUGUGUUGUGUUCCAGAACUUUGUCAGUCUGGAUUCAGAAGUCCCACAGUAUCUUUGCGUGCUCAUUUUCCAAUACUUUUGCAGGUUUGUGAUCUCACCAGUUCUUUACUUAUGGGAGGUGGUACUUGAGGCAUAAGUUCCAAUGAAUCAUUUGGGCCACAUAGUUGUGCCUCUGUUUGUAGUCUGUCUGUGCGAUUUUCUUAUAGCAGCUGAGGAGAUGAUCAAUGGUUUCGUCGGUUUCCUUGCACAGUCUGCAUUUUGGGUCAUUAGCUGAUUUUUCGAUCUUGGCCUUAAUUGCAUUUGUUCUGAUGGCUUGCUCCUGGGCUGCAAGGAUCAGGACUUCUGUCUCCUUCUUCAGUGUCCCAUUUGUGAGCCAUAGCCAGGUCUUCUCCUUAUUAUUAUUAUUAUUAUUAUUAUUAUUAUUAUUAUUAUUGUUAUUGGAAGAAAAGCCACUCUGUUAAGGAAUAGAGUUUUCUCUCCGGGUUGCUAUGGGAGCGUAGAAUGUGCCAUUCUGGGUUCCACCGAGCCAUGGAACCCGGUCAAAAGAAUUCUCCAAGGAUCUCCCAACGGCGAUGUGAAGUUGCUGGUUCAACAGAGCUGUGUGUUCCAGGUUAGGAUAAAGGGAAACAAAGACAACGGAGUGGCAAGGAGGACAAAGGUUUAAACAAAUUUGGUGUUUUCCCUAUUCCCAGAUUUGGUGUUCCUCAGCCAGACCAACAUGUCCCAGGAGCAAACAUUGGGAGACCACCUUGUGGCGAAGUUGGAGAAAGCUCAGCUGGUGAGUCGGCUCGUGAAGCAGGCCCCACCUGGAGAGUUCAAUGAGGUCUUCAGUGACUUGCGCAUGCUUGUGGAUGAUGACGGCAUGAUGUGUGAGGAAGCCGAAAACCUCUGUGCCAUGCACAACAAAGACCAUUUCACUCCGGUCCAAACGGAAGGGUGCAACGUGUUGUUGACGCGCCACAAUGAGUUGGAGGAGAACCGCUUCCUGGACCCCCAGAAUCGAGUCUCCUUCAAGUAUGACCAUCUGAGGAGAACGCUGAGCGACUUCCAGGCUCACCAUGAAGAAGACAAGAAAGGGGAAGCAUGGAGAAGAACAUUCCACGAAGCCUUGAAGGCCUACGUCGGCAACCACUACCCGGAAGGGCUUUGCAGCGUCUUCAUCAAGGACACGGCUGUCCGGACAAUCUUUGUGGCUUGUAUAGAAAGCCACCAGCACAGGUCUUCUGCUUUCUGGAAUGGCUUGUGGAGAUCAGAGUGGACAUUUGCUCUGGUUCCUUCCUCCACCUCCACAGAGGUGAUGGGAAACAUUCUGGUUCAAGCGCACUAUUUUGAGGAUGCCAACAUGCAUCUGAACGUCGCCAAGGAUGUAGAAGAGACUCUACUAGUUACCGACAAGAACCAGACAGCACAAGAGUUUGUGAAGUUGGUGGAGAAGGUGGAAAACGUGGUCCAGCGUGGCCUGAUGGAGGAGUAUCAGCACAUGAAUGGCACCUAUUUAAAGUCCUUCAGGAGACAGUUGCCCAUAACUCACGCUCGUCUUGACUGGGAGAAAGUCGUCACAGUAAGAGUUGUGGAGGCCCGGGCCAUUCAGGUGUGAAGAUGUGGCUCCAGGAUGCACAAAGAAUUGAAACAAAGAGUUACCAAAUCCUGAGUGCAUUAAAUUAUUUCACAAAAUAAACAAAUAAAGCAAGACUGAUGUAAUGAAAUAAGUUGGAUGAAUGACAUUUAUUUACAAUUAUCAUCUGUAAUGUCACUUAUAUAUAAGCAAAAAAAUAUCUUCUAUAAUGAAGGAGCGAAGUGUGUUAAAGCACUGAGCUGCUGAACUUGCAGACCGAAAGGUCACAGGUUCAAAUCCCAGGAGCAGAGUGAACGCCCGCUGUUAGCUCCAGCUUCUGCCAACCUAGCAGUUCAAAACAUGCAAAUGUGAGUAGAUCAAUAGGUACCACUCCAACGGAAAGGUAAUGGCACUCCAUGCAGUCAUGCCAGCCACAUGACCUUGGAGGUGUCUAUGGACAACACUGACUCUUGGGCUUAGAAAUGGAGAUGAGCACCAUCCCCCAGAGUCAGACAUGACUGGACUUAACAUCAGGGGAAAUCUUUACCUUUACUAUACAAAGUCCCAGAAUACUUGUAAAGUAUCUAUACACACAAACGAUUGUCUAUGUACAAAGAAAAUGUGUCCAAAUGACAUAUAUUGUUACAGUUCCCCGUACAAAGCUCAAUUUGGCCGUACCCGACAAAAUGAAAAGGAGCAACAGCUCUAACACAAAAGUUAUUCAAGUCUGGUAUUGGUUCCAAUACAUAUAGGCUUCAGGGAUACAGUCAGUGAAAAUAUCUUCCAAACAGAUGGUUGGUCGUGUUGCUGUAUACUGGAUUGAAGAAAAUAAUGAUGGAGCACCGCUCUCAAAAAAGUCUUCAAAAGUAAAGUCCAAAUAAAGUCCCAAGUCUACAGGGGUCCCAGGUAUUUUUGACCC